CCGGCAGGAAAUCUCGAGCUGAGCUUGAAUGCAGUUCAAAGCCGACUCACUCUUGGUAUCACAAAGUUUCACUCCAUCAUUCCAGAGUUUUAUGUUUCUGUUUCCAGAGCCCUGGUCUACUUGACCCCAAAGGGAGAAUUCCAGCUUGAGGAGUUCUGGCUCACUGACCACUGAUCUUGCACCAGCCAUCAAGAAAUGGCCAAUCCAUUACCUGUGGUAGCCCAGGAAGAUUUGGAAAGCUUUACCUUGACCAGGACAGGCUCAGGCUUUGCACUCAAAGCCUUUCAUAUUUCCUGGAACACUCCCAUCUCUGUGAAGCUUCUGACCAGCCAGGAUGACAGGGAGUGGAAGCUGUUGCUUCAGGACAUAACAAGUGUCAGACGCUCUGAGUCUGAACGUCUCCUACCUUUCCUUGGGAUUUACCAGUACCAUGGACUUGUGGGGAUAGUGACAGAAUGGAUGAACAACGGAUCCCUCCACUCCCUCAUCCAUGAGCAUCAACUGUACCCAGAACUUGCCUUUCCCUUACUCAUAAGGAUCCUGUCGGAUGUGGCUGAAGGGCUGCAUCAUCUGCACAGCCUCGAACCUGCUCUCUGUCACUGCAGCCUGAAACCUUCCAAUGUGCUUUUGGAUGUGCAGUACAGAGCCAAGAUAUCAGAUUAUGGCCUUACCAACUGGAGGAAACAGCAACUGAGGGCAGACCUGCAGAACUGCCAUCAGAAAAACUGCCAGGAUUUAGUGUAUCUUUCUCCCGAAAUACUUGAAGGAGGCCUCCCUUCCCAGGAAGGUGAUAUUUACAGUUUUGGAAUCCUGUGUUGGGAAACCCUCAGCAGACGGAAACCUUUCGAAGGUCAAACAACCCUGCUUGAUGUUUUGAGGGGAAUCCGCAACAGUUUGCGGCCAAGCAUUUCAGAAAAGUUCAUACCAAGCAAUUUGCCUGAGAGGAACAGGCUAUUGCAGCUCAUUGCUCUGUGCUGGCAUCAAGAAGCAGAUUAUAGACCACAUACUGCAGAAUGUGUAUACCUUCUAAAUGGAGUUUUGACUGGUAUAAAUAAGGAAGUGAUUUCUGCAGCAAUCUACAAUUUGAUGGAUGCAAAGGAGAGAGCGCUUAAUGCAUGCAAAGGCUCAGAGAGGUACACAUUGCAGACAGGCACACGGAAUUCAGAGGAUAACUCCAUCCAACAAAACCCAGCUGUUUUGCCUUGUUCCAAGCAGCUCACUCUGACCUUGCUCUUGCAAAACCAACCUCCUCCUCUCAAGAUCAUCUGUCCACAAAAAGACAACCACUUAAUCAGCAAGAAAAUUCCUCUUGUAGUGCCAAGCUUGUCAACUCUUCUACUUGACAGCAGUGCAAAUACAGCAGGAAGAGAUAAUAUUGAAAUGGGUGUAUCAAAUACAACCCCACAGGAUGCAACAGCAACAAAAGAUCACCUAGGCUCUGAGGGAAGAAAAUCAAGCUCCUUUUGCACAGCUCCUUCAUCUGGUUCAACUGCAGGCAAAGAGAGCAGUCAGCAUAAUUCCCCACCACUGGCUCUUAAGCACAGACCACAGCAAAUGCACCUGGGACAGGUGACAGGUCCUCACAGCAAAGGAACCUGCUGUCAAAUCCUUGCCUGCCAGAGACAGACCAUACUGAACUGCAUGACAGAAGGACGCCUCAACCACAUCCUGGAUGUGCUUCGCUCGCAGCAAUCCCUGUCCCGAAUGGAUUAUGAAGGCAUCACCUCGUACCCCACAGUGACCGGCCGUGCUCGGGCGCUGCUGGACACCUGCCUUUGCCUCGGGGAGAGGGCAGCACAAGCUGUAGUGACUGCACUUUCAGUGAGAAAAUGUAGUCCUCUGGGACAAGUCAUUCAUUGCCCAGACUGUCCUUCUAAGGUAAACCGGCUGCUGUUGUGACUGACUUUUUCCGCAGCCUGUUGUAUGCAUCUGAGCUCUACUAAUUUGUGAUGGCAAAGAUUCACAUUAUUGUCUCACAAUCCACUGACUAAAGGCAACUCCUCCUACAGCCCAUUAUUUGAGUACUGUGGUGGAAAAAGCUAACUGGAUUAAAAGGUCAAGUCAACCACUGCCAACAGAAAUUGCCAAGACUGGUAUAACAAAUACUGAUUUGGACCUCAGAGAUGGGAGAAGUGCAAUAUGUGCCCGAGCAGGUGAGUUCAAGUGAGAUGACCUUAUUUAGUUGAUUUUUUUUUUUUUUUUUUUUUUUUUUUUUUUUUUUUUUUUUAAAGAAGGGAGGAAAAUGAAUCAUGACUUUUUGGAGGUCACAGUAUGGAAGAAUGGCUGUUUAUAAAUAGUUUCAAAUAAGGGUAACAGAACAACAGAAUACUGGAUGAAGAAAAAAAAAUAACUGCCUUUCGCUGCCCUCAUAUCUGAGCCAGCUGUUAAGAGUGAAAAGCUGCAUAAAAUCAAGAAAUAUUUCUUCAGCAGGGCUUUAAGUAAUAUUUGGAAGUUUUAUAUUAUGCAUAUAAAUUACUUCAUUUUCCUUAAAAAUGAUCAUACGAAAAUGUACCAGUACUUACAUCAGUGUUUUGGAGAUGUCGGACUUGGAGUACUCAUGGAAAAUGGAAAAAUGUUAAUACUUUACAUCCAUGUAUCUCUCUAAACAUGUCUGCAGUUCAAAUGUAAAACUAAACCAGGCAGAAAAGAUACCAAGCUGAUAAUUUAGAAAUGGUGGUCCUGCUGAACUGUUGUCAUGGGUGUACUCUAAGGGGAGACAGCCUGAGAAUACUGGGAGGUUUUCUUGCUCUGGCCUGGACUCACCCAUGGUCACAGAUGCUUUGGAGUGUCCUGCUGCUGCUUGAACUCAUCCUCAGGUCAUGGUCCCUUUGAUUUGAGUUCACAUGGAGUUCCAGUGUGUCCAGCACAGCAGCACAGAACAUUGCUGUUAUCAGAAUGUUCCCAGGCACAGUCAAGUAAGAUAAGUGAUACAGCAAGCAGUGGAAGCAACAAACCAGCCACUAAUGAGCACCAGUCACCUUGUGUGCAGAAGGCAAACAAGUCCCAUGGCAAGCACAGAAGUCUGUCAACAGAUAAACAGCAACAGCAGCUAUAAAUGUGAUCCAGCACAUUCCAGUCCAAAUCUGUUGUUACCUUCAACCCUUCAAGCCUCACAUUGGAUGUUGAAAAGAACAUUUGUGGUUUAACCCCAGCAGACAACUAUGCUUCACAACAGUAAAGUAAGAAAACUUGUUGGUUGAGAUCCAGACCAUUUAACAUGUAAAGCAAAAGCUGCAUAUAAGCAAAGGAAAACAUGGAAUUUGUUCAGCCAUCUCCAGGAAAGCAGGGAGCAUUCCCAUGUAAUGGUUACUUAAGAAGGCAAAUGCCAUCACUCCAAACGUCCACCCUUUCCUCCUUCCCUAGCUGAGCUUGAUGCCACAUGCUCUGGAGUAUCCCUUUGGCCAGCUGUGGUCAGCUGUCCCAGCUUGUCCUCUCCCAGCUCCUGGUGUGGUGAGGGGCAGAAAGCCUUGGCUCUGUGUGAGCUCUGCCCAGCAAUAACAAAACAUCCCUGAAUUGUCAACGUUGUUUUCAGUACAAAUUCAAAAUACAGCCUCAUACUAGCUCCUAUGGAGAAAAUUAACUCUACCCCAGACAAAACCAGCAUAAUUUGAAAGGGAAAUAAUAAGAUUACUGUCUUUAUAAUGAAAAUAAUGAUAUAAGGUGCUGGAUUUUUAAAGGUCCCGCGGGGUUUCUUCAAGCUUCAUGGCACCAGAUUAGCACGAGAACUUCUUAUACCAUCUACAGGUAUUUCAAAUGCAAAAACCAUGUUAUCGGUUUCCCUAUGUUGCUUUUGUUCUCUCCGCAGUUUCAAAGUUCUCAUUGAAUUCAGACAUUUGGCUGAUUGUAAAUGCAGUAAUGAUGAAUUGUCUAGGCACACUUAAGAAAUAAAAAAUGUGUUACAUCCAAA